AUGGCAAAAUCAUCCAAAAAUAAAGAACUAGAUGUAUCCAUAGUGGAUUCUCUAGUCAGUGAAGCAGCCAAUUUACAAAGCCCCAGUAAAUCCAUAAAGCUGAAGGCCAACGAUAAGGCAGUCAGCAUAAUGUAUAACUUGGGUCUAGUUGGUAAGAUUCUGGCAGAUAAAGUCAUAAAUAAGAAUGCAGUCAAAGCUAUUCUCUUGAAAGCAUGGAGUACGGCUAAAGGAGUUCAAAUUGUGGACCUAAGUGACAAUAUAUAUCUCUUCAAGUUUGCUGCUGAAGGCGACAGGAAAAGGGUCAUUGAGCUUGGGCCAUGGAACAUAGAGGGAUUUCCUCUCAUCCUUAAACCAUGGGAUCAGAAACUCCAGGUAAGAGAUAUUGACUUCUCUUUCAUUCAAUUGUGGGUUCAAAUUCAUAAUUUACCUAUAGAAUAUAUGUCAAAAGAAAAUGCAGAAAAUAUUGGAAAUCUUUUGGGAAAAGUUUUAGAGGUAGACUUCACAGGUGAUGGCUUGGUGUGUAUGAGCCGAUUUUUGAGGGUCAAGGUGGAAUUUGAAGUGAGUAAACCACUAAAAAGUGGUUUUUUCCUGGAUAGAGAUUCUCUGCCUGACAUCUGGAUCCAGCUAAGAUAUGAGAGAGUGGAGGACUUUUGUUUUAAAUGUGGUAAGCUGGGACAUGUUAAAGUCAGAUGUAGUUCAUCAGUGCAGAAGAUGUUGAAUGAACCUCAGGGGUUUGGACCUUGGAUGAAAGCUGAAACUCAAGGAAAAAGAACCUCUAGGUGGGUAGAGUUCCUCUCGGAGAUAUGUAAUGAAGAUGAGGAUAGCAAUCCAGAGCCAACAAGGUCUCCUCCUUCAGUGGUGGUAGAUGAUGUGGAGCAUGUGUUGAACAGUGAUGAAACAGGGGAACACAUCAUCAGCUCUGAUGCCUUGGGAACCUCGACAGAUCAAUUCCCUACAAAUUUUGAAAGUCUAGCAGCCCUUGUCACCUCAAAUCCUGUUCACCUAGAAAAAAUCAUCAACCUCCACAACCAAACCCAACCAGAGUCCCACGUCAAAUUCAAAGAAAACAAUACCAUUAGCACAUGCUUGGUUCAAUCUGCAUUAACCUCCCUAAUCCCAAUGGACAUUGAACAAACUGAAAAUCCAAAGUACCCAACUUAUAGUCAGCCAUUUCUGAACUAG